GUGGUGAUCUCUAAAUUCCCGGCUCCCGUUUUCUCCGACUUUUGUCUCGUUGAGAUGACCCAUCAUCAUUUUUGAUCUAUGAAAGCAAUCAGUGCGACCACCUUUGCGGAGACUGCGUUUACUCUGUCUCUGUGUGUUCGCUUUUUUCUUUCUUCGCUUUGAAAACCGAGCAUCGGAACAUCUACUCUGUUGAUUGAUCUGGAAACCUCCCUUCCAUUCACUGGCGUAGAAUACCGUUUCCGCUGAAGGAGGAGGAAAUGUAUGCUUCGGUAGGUCACACGCAGAGCAAGAAGGAUUUGGCUUUGGAGUACCAAUCGCAGAUACAGAUUCUUCGGCCGAGCAUUCACGCGAGACGGGCCAACCUGACUGUGAAAUUCCAGGAUCUGUAUGAAUUCACGGUGGAGGGGAACGUGGACGACGUCAAUGUGCUGAACGAGGUGACGGAGAAGGUGAGACAGAAAAGCAAGCUGUGGUGGUCACUUGAGGCCAGAAAGGGUGCUAAUUGGUAUCUGCAGACCCAUGUCUCCACCGCCAAUCUCAAGCUUUCCACCCUCGGCAACGCCAUCACCCUCAAUCGACUCAUCCGCAAGGGUAUUCCGCCUGCCCUGCGUCCUAGUGUCUGGUUCUCUCUCUCCGGCGCCUCUAAGAAGAAGUCCACUGUCCCGGAUAGCUACUAUGAUGAUCUGAUCGCUGCCGUUCAGGGCAAGGUCACGGCUGCAACCAAGCAGAUUGACCAUGAUCUGCCAAGGACAUUCCCUGGUCAUCCAUGGUUGGACACUGCAGAGGGUCAUGCUUCUCUUAGACGUGUUCUUGUUGGAUAUUCUUUCCGAGAUUCCGAAGUUGGCUAUUGUCAGGGAUUAAACUAUGUUGCAGCUUUGCUGUUGCUUGUAAUGAAAACUGAAGAGGAAGCUUUCUGGAUGCUUGCUGUCCUUUUAGAGAAUGUAUUGGUUAGCGAUUGCUAUACCAACAACUUAUCUGGAUGCCAUGUUGAUCAAAGAGUGUUUAAGGAUCUGUUAACUAAAAACUGUCCAAGGCUAUCCUCUCAUUUGAAAACUCUGGAGUUUGAUGUUUCUCUUGUUUGCACAGAAUGGUUUCUUUGCCUCUUCGCCAAAAGUUUUCCUUCUGAGACAACUCUACGUGUAUGGGAUGUGUUAUUCUAUGAAGGAGCAAAGGUCAUGUUUCAUGUGGCAUUGGUAAUUUUUAAGAUGAAUGAGGAGGAGUUGCUGUUGACGCAUCAUGUUGGGGAUGUGAUCAACAUCAUACAGAGAAGCACUCGGCACUUGUUUGAUCCUGACGAUUUGAUAACGGUUGCUUUUGAAAAGAUCGGUUUUAUGACAACCACCAACAUAUCGAAGCAGAGGAAAAAACAGGAGUCAGCAGUGAUGGCAGAGCUAGAUCAGAGAUGUAGACGGAUACAUUCCUUGAAUGGCACCGAGGAUUAGUGAGUUCUUGCUGUAUCUCCAACAUGACAUGGUUGGUUAUCUACUUACUUAUCUGGACAAACACGCACUGCUAUGGGAGGUCAUGGAAUUGUGUGUCAAGGACAGGGAACAGAUUCAAGGAGGCCUGUUUGUAGGCAUCAAAAUAGCGAAGCUGUUCAACUUUUUAUGACCAACUCAAAAUGUAGAAUGGGUGCUACCUGUCUGAGAGGAGUUGAGAAUCUCUUGCUUGCCGAGCAAACAAUCACACUUCAUUUCUUUAAACAGUUCCAAAGACAUCUUUACGACAAGUACAUAAUCAUUGCCUUGCAAAAUGGAAACCACAUUUGUUUGAAAUGGAAGAAAUUCUCUGUUUUCUUAAUUCACGGAAGCAUAUGAUAUGGACUCGAGGCCUAAAGCUUCCUACUAUUGUCUGUCGAAAUGUAAACGUUGUUUUUUUUUAAAGUCAAUUAUGAUUUUACAUGGCAUUUGACAUUAUAAAGCAAUGCAAAAAUUAUGAAGAAUAAGUUAUGAAUAUAGUAAUACGCUGG